AUGCGAUCCGUGAUAAAUAGCGCAAAAAAUUCAUACUCAACUUUGCGAUGGGUCAGUCAACCAAUGAAACAGGCACAUGUUUUGAAGACACUUCGGAUAUGUGGAUUUUCGACGGGAUUUACGAUUGCCACGAUUCGAAGGCUGAAUUGUAGCGCGAAAUUGAGUAAAAGAGUGGAGCAUAUUAGAUCGAAAGAUGAUGAUGAGGGAAGUAUGUCAUUUCGAGAAUUAUGGAGAUUGAUUAAACCUUUCUUUGGAUGGUUUUUGGCCGCUGUUGUUGUAAGUUUGCUCUGAAAAAUGUGGAAAAUAAGAAAAAACUAUUCAAUUUCUUCAGUGUGCAAUUCUAUCAGCUGUAAUCAAUAUUCGAAUCCCACUAUGUCUUGGAGAUCUCGUUAAUAUAAUAGUUGAUGUUAUAAAAAGUGAUAAUAAACAACUUUCCGAUCAUUUCGAUCAUUUGAAACCACAUGCGAUUCAACUGUUAUCAAUGUAUAUUAUUCAAUCAGCUCUAACCUUUGCUUAUAUCUCAUUUUUGACGAUUCUCGGAGAGCGAAUGGCAAUGAAAAUGCGUUCAGAACUUUUUAACAAGCUUUUGUACCUGGAUAUGGCGUUUUUCGAUUCACAUGUGAGUUUGAGAGAUUUUUUAAAUCUAAAUACAAGGAACUGUUUUCUAGAAGUUUUGACCCUAAAAUUGCAGAACUCAACUUCUAAUAUGAGUUAUGACGUGGCAAAGUUCGAAAAUUUCAAAAAAUCGAGAUUUCAGAAGUUGAAAAAUAGCUUUAAAAAUGAUUUUCAUGCAAUUUGUUCAACACGGUCUCUAUGCUAUCAGAUUUGCAUGAAAAUCAUUUUUGAAGCUAGUUUUCAACUUCUGAAAUCUCGAUUUUUUGAAAUUUUCGAACUUUGCCACGUCAUAACUCAUAUUAGAAGUUGAGUUCUGCAAUUUUAGACAUCGGGAUAGUGAUCAGCGGGUCUAAAACACGCCUGACGAGACGUGUCCAAAAAGGAUACUGUACAAAAAUUUUCAAAUAAAAAUUCCCGCCCAAACCAAAAUUUCGAUUCGGGCGGGAAGGUUAUAAAAAUUUUCAUUUUUUUUUCACGAAAAAGUGAAGUAUUCAUUAAUUUUCAGCGGAUUUUGAUGAAAAUAUUCAAAAUUUCACGCUGCACAAUUUUUAUUCUGAAAAAAAUUUCACGCUGCUCAAAAUUUGGGACACUCUCUCGCCAAGUGUGGUCUAAAACUAUUAGAAAACAUAUAUUUCAUUAAAAAUCUAAUCUUGAUUUUUUUUUUCUAGAAAACUGGAGAAUUAUCAGCGCGCUUGAAUUCAGAUGUUCAAGAAUUCAAAAGUAGUUUCAAAAUGUGUGUAUCUCAAGGGCUACGAACAAUUGCACAAACUCUUGGAUGUAUUGGUUCAUUAUUUUAUUUAUCACCAACAAUGACAUUAUAUACAAUCGCAGUUGUUCCUGGGAUUAUUUUAGUUGGCUCCUUAAUUGGAUCAGGGCUUCGUGUUUUGAGUCGAAGAGCGCAAGCACAAUCAGCAACAGCGUCCGCUGUUUCAGACGAGGCACUGACAAAUAUGAGAACAAUCCGGGCAUUUGCUAUGGAGAAGUUGGAGUCUAGGUUAUUUGAUGAGGAGUUGGAUAAAGCGCGAUCGAUGCAAGAACAAUUAGGACUUGGAAUUGGACUGUUCCAAGGAGCGACUAAUCUAUUUCUCAAUGGAAUUGUUCUCUCAGUUCUGUAUGGUGGAACAAAUUUGAUUGCACAAGGAGAAAUGUCGCCUGGAGCACUCAUGUCAUUUUUGGUUUCUGCGCAAACAAUUCAACGGUCUCUUAGCCAAUUGUCGAUUAUUUUUGGGUCUGCGAUUAAAGGAUGGACUGCGGGUGGAAGGGUUUUGCAAUUUUCGAGAAUUACACCAGUUAUUGAUUAUGAGAGUGGUGUUUGUAUUCCGUAUCAUUCUUUGUGGGGAGAUGUUAAGUUUGAAGAUGUUACUUUUAGUUAUCCGACAAGACCUGGACAUGUUGUGAGUUUGGAACUAGGAUUUUCUAAUGAAAAAUUUAAGAUUUUUUCAAAAACAUAUCCAAAAUUCAAGAAAAAAUGGUUUUCGAAUUAAAUAAAACAUUUUUUCGAAAUUUUAAAUAAUUUGAAUUUAAAGAAAAUCUCCAAAAUUGAAAAAAAAUUUACAUGAAAAUUUCUUAAAAACUUAUUUUUCAACUAGAAAUCAAAGUUGUCGAAUUAAAAAAUUCAAAAACAUUUUUUUUCGAAAUUUUAAAUAAUUUGAAUUUUUCGAAAAAAAAAUCUCAAAAAUUAAAAAAAACUAUUUUUACAAGAAAUUCUCCGUAACUUCCAUUUUAGCACAAUAAAACCCUACGCAUUUCUCUUCAAAAUGUAUGUCCUCCCCAUUCUAGAAUAUUGUAGCGAAGUUUACGACCCCUUCCUAACUAAAAAUCUAUCAAAUAACCUAGAAAAUCCAUUACGUCAAUUCACUCGUAAAGUCUUCAAUCGUUGUAAUAUGCCAUUUGAAUCUUAUGAGGAUCGCCUCAAACAGAUCAACAUGGUGUCAACCCAUACUCGUAGAUCCAGAGCCAAUAUUAUUCAUCUUUUCAAAGCCCUUAAUGGAUUUUCUCACCAGCCAGAAACAUUUGACUUCAUCAGCUUCUCAACACUUCCACGUCACCCAGCCCGCCUAGUUUUAACUCAAAAAUGCCACAACUCUUUUUUCUCACAUACAGUUCCCAAGUGGAACUCUUUAUCGCACCUCAUUGAAAUGAAUUCUUCAGUGCAAUCGUUCAGAAUAUUGAUUAAUGGUUUGAACGCAUCGCUUUUAUCAUGAACCCUUACGGCCAGAUUCUCGCACACUCUUUCUUAUCUCUUUGUCAAAACCUCCAACUGACCAGGUCUCUUGCGGGAUUUAGGUCUUUUAAAAAUUUGGAAAGUUAUUUUAUUCACCCUAUUUAUUUUUCGAUUUCAUGUGAAUUACCCCUUUUUUCUCUCUCCCUUUGAUCUCACUAUUUUUAUGUGCCGGUGAAUUUAUAACAUUCUAAAUAAAAAUUCAAAAUUCAAAUUCAAAGAAAACUUCUUAAAAGCUUAUUUUUAAACUAAAAAAUAAUUGAAAAUUUUUCUUUAAAAAUUGUUUGAUUAAAAACUAGAACUUUUAGAAUGUUUAUUCAUUUUUAAAUGUUCCAGAAUUAAAAAAAAACUUUUUUCAUGAAUAAUUCUUAUUCAGGCCGAAAAAACUAAAAAAAAAAAUGUUUUUUUUAAACAAAAAUUUUCGAUUCAGAAAAUGAAAAAACUACAUAUUUUCCUAUUUUUUUUUUGACAUUAUCUGAAUCGAAAAUUUUUGUUAAAAGCAUUUUUCUUUAGUUUAAUUUUUGAAAAACUACUAGAAAUCGAACAUUUUCGAUUUUCGUCCAGAAAAUCUGAAAAAUACUUCUAUUCUAGCGAUUUUGAGGGUCAACGUUCGAAUUUUUCAAAACCAAAAAAAAUACGUUUCAAAAUGUAUCUGAAAGUUUUGAGAAGCCUUCUUCCAGCUGUUUCCAAAACCAUAUAAUCUAAAAAAUUCCAGGUAUUUGACAAUUUGAACCUGACAAUUCCCGCUGGUCAAGUAGUUGCACUUUGUGGUCCAAGUGGAGAAGGAAAAUCAACAAUAACCCAUUUGCUCGAACGAUUUUAUGAGCCCAAAUCCGGUCGUGUAACAUUAGACGGAAAAGAUUUGAAAAAUCUGAAUGUUGAAUGGCUUCGCGGACAAGUUAUCGGAUUAAUCUCACAAGAACCCGUAUUAUUCGCGACUUCUGUUGAAGAAAAUAUCCGAUAUGGACGGCCAGACGCCACAAAUGAAGAGGUUCGAGCAGCUGCAAAAGCUGCACAUGUUGAUGAAUUUGUGAGCCGAUUCCCUGCUGGAUAUUCAACGAUUGUUGGUGAGCGAGGUGCACAAUUGUCUGGCGGGCAGAAGCAGAGAAUUGCGAUUGCUAGAGCGAUUUUGAAGAAUCCACCGAUUUUGGUGCUCGAUGAAGCCACUUCAGCUCUCGAUUCGCAAAGCGAAAAAUUGGUGAGUCAAAACAUAAUCCCUUUUUUAGAGGAGAUAAUCUUUGAAACCCUUUUGACAGGAAACGGGGUGAAAAAUUAUAGUUAUUUUUAGCUGGCAAUGGAGAUUAUGACCAAUUUUCAAAAGAAUUAUUUUGGUGGCCGAGAAAUGUCGGGAAUUCGGCCAAAGCGAAAACCAUACUGAUUUCCGCUAGAUUGGAGCGCAUUUGUUGCUUUGGCCGAAUUCCCGAAAUUUGUCGGCCAUCAAAAUAGUUCGGCCACGCUUUUUAAAUAUUUUCUGGGCCAAAAAUAUCUAGAACUCCAGAAAAAUGCAGAAAUCAGGAUUUUCAGAGAAGUUUCCUCUCCGUUAAAUUUGGAGAAUUUUGAGGAUAAACAUGACGCGGUUACUGUACAAAUUUUCGUGGUGGGACCCACUACUGAAGUUAAUUUUCAAAAUUGUUCAUAAAUAGUCAUGUUUUAAUUCAAACUGCCCCAAAUUCUACGUGGAAUCUCAUGGUAAUAUCAAAAUUUCAUGAUAAGCAACCGUAAUCCUACAGUACCUGGGUCCCAUCACGAAAAUUGAAAAUUUUGAAAAGUGGUCAUAAUCUUUAUGUAUUGCCUUUCCCUUUAAAUUAAUCCCCUUCUGUUUUUUUAGGUGCAAGAAGCUUUGAAUAAUGUGAUGAAAGGUCGAACUGUUCUAGUGAUUGCACACCGAUUGAGCACAAUUCGAUCAGCUCAAUUGAUUUAUGUUAUCAAGGAUAAAAAAGUGAGUUUUUGAUGACAUCAAUGAGAGAUUAGCGAGUUACUGGCAGGAAGCUGCAAAUUGGAAGAUUUUAGAAUAAAUUUAGAAAAGUUGAAAUAUACUCCAAAAUCUGAAAAAAAUUAAAAAUUAAGACCGUAUCCAAUUUACUAGAAAAAAAGAUAAAAUUUUGAAUUUUUUAGAAACAUUGGAAAAUUCGACAAAACAUUCAGAUAGAUUUUUCCCAUAAUUAGCUCAUAUUCCCUUUUUCAAAAAAUUCAAGAAAAUACAGUAACCCAAACAUAAUUUAAAAAUGAAUAUGUACUUCUGAAAAGAACUACAGUAAUUUCUAGGUAUUUUUAAAGGGAUCACAGCUUUUGAGAAACUACAGUAAUCCUUUUUUCAAAAAAAGGAUCAAAAGCCUUUAAGAAUGAUCUACAGUACCCUAGACCCUUUUUAGAUGAUCAAAAGCUAUGGAAACUACAGUAAUUCACUUUUUUGUGAAAAAUUUGAAAAUAUUCUACAGUACUCCUAGACACCUUUAAAGGGACAUAAGAUCGGACAACUACAGUAGCCUUAUGAGCCUGAAAAACCUACAGUACAAGUGUAGUUUCACUUUCGAGCUCAUUUUCUCUCUUUUUUUGGAAAUAAUUAUCAGCUAUUGAAUUCAAAAUUAUUCUAUUUAUCUCUCUCAAUUUUUCCUCAAAAAUCGCACGUUUAUUUUUUCCCCCUUCUGCUAAACUCAAAGUACAAGCUUAAGUACUUUCAGAAUUUUUUUUUCAUAAAUCCCAUUUCGAUAUUUUUCCAGGCCGUUGAAAGUGGAACACAUGAGCAAUUAAUGGCGAAAAAAGGAUCAAUUUAUCGAAAAUUGGUCGAGGCUCACAAUGUCGAAUAA